AUGAGGGCUCCAGAUCCACCAUCAAUUGACUCGGCACCCCUGCCUCCAGAAGAAGUCUCAGAAGAUGAAGAUUUUGUAGAUAACACCCGCCAAAGCGGCGUCAGCAGCAGGCAUCCCUCGUGGCUUCCAGAAGACAUGCAUUAUGUAAAGGGGGCCGCCGUUGGCCCGUCGGACUCUAUGAUUGACAGUGUACCGGGGGCAAGCCAACAAUAUCACAUGAACAGCAACAAUCAAUCUACUACGUCGAGUCGCCCAAGCAACGCUAUCGGUUACCCCUCCGCUUCAUUCAACAACAUCACAUCUGGCCACAGCCAAAACGCAGCCUCUACUACUAGUAGCACGAACUUGCCCGACCAAGUAAAUACCUCGAAUACCAACCUGCCUGGUGAACAACAAACCGAAGAGGAAUGCACCACAGGCAAUGCUGCUACACGAACGACAUAUUCUACCUUAACACCUCCCACGGGCUUGGAGAGUGGUACCGGCGGAUAUGAGCCCAUCUUGGCAAAUGCUCAUCUUGUUGUUGAGGACACUCCAACCGCAGAAGUCGUGGCUCCAACUUUGCUCCGUCAAUGCAUGCCAGACACAAGCACGAUAGGUGGAAAAGUGCUGUGUUUUGGAAUUAUUUUCCUGGUAGUCGCGGCGGUGGUUGCUGUAGCUGCGAUUGUCUGUGCGAGCGGAGCAUGCAGCUCUAGCAGCGAUGAUGGCCCAGCAGGAACCAGUGAUGCCAGUAGUGGUGCUUCCAAUCAGCCAAAUAGCCCAUUCCCUGUUCAGCCGACAACUUCCAGUCUCCGACCAACUAACCUACCUGUUCCCACACAGGCGACCACCGGCUUUCCAUCAUCUUCCGCGACACCAACAAUACUGGGCCCCAUACAGGCAACUGUAGAGACUCAGGGUCCCGUAGAGCCACUGCCUCAAGUAUCAUCUGUUGACACACCAGACCCCACUGCAGAAUCAAUUGUGUCACCGAUCCCAACCGAGACACCAGCGGUUGCGGGGACGCCUGAUACACCCAGCCCCACUCAGAGACCAACUGUUAUGACAACACCGGAAACGCCGAACCCUUCCCAGGCAACCACUCUGGAAACGCCAAAUCCAACCCCUGAAACCGCUACAAAGGCUCCAACCCCCAACCCGACUACGCCAAAUCCAACCCCAGCUCCAACCACAAAGGCACCAACUCCGCCCACACCAAAUCCCACAGAUCCACCAGCUUCACCAACAGCAGGGAGGCCAUGUGAAAUCCCCACAGAAUGCGAAAGUGGUGUCUGCGCCAGACCGUUCAUAAGCGUUGAUAGUGUGCUUGCUAUUGAUGAAUGCUGUGCCAGCUCUACCCCAGCCACAAGAUAUGACUUUGACAACUUCUGCAGUGGUUUGCCUACUGGAGCAGCAUGUGGCAGCAAUGGCAUGUGUUCCUCUGGAGUGUGCAUUCAGAACAUCUGUUCUGCCGGACAACAAUCAACAGGUGAAGACUGUGAUGAUGAUGCAGAUUGUACCGGUGGAGUCUGUGCGCUCCUCUUCACAACUCAGAACCUGGCAAUCCAAAGAAGGGAAUGUUGUGCAAGCUCAACAUCACCAGCAAGGUACAACUUUGAUAACUACUGCAAAAACACUGUCAUCACGCCACCGGAUGAGUGUUGCCCCAAUUCUAUAGUCGCCACGAGGUAUGACUUUGACAACUAUUGCAGUGGUUUACCCAUUGGAACAGCUUGUGGCAGCAAUGGAAUGUGUGCCUCUGGAGUGUGUGUGGGAAAUGUAUGUCGCGAAGGCCAACAAGCUGCAGGGGAAGCAUGCAAUGAUGAUGCAGAUUGUGUUGGUGGAGUCUGUGCCAUUCUCUACAGCAAUUUAAGCACUGUGGGCACUCCACCAGAUGAAUGCUGUCCCAAUUCUAUUGCUGCGACCAGGUUUGACUUUGACAACUAUUGCAGUGGGUUACCUGUUGGAGCAGCUUGUGGUAGCAAUGAAAUGUGUGCAUCUGGCGUUUGUAUCUCCCAUAUUUGCAGAGGAAGCCAACAAGCUGCAGGGGAAACAUGUGAUGAUGAUUCAGAUUGUGUUGGUGGAGUCUGUGCCAUUCUCUACAGCAAUGUAAGCACUGUGGGCACUCCACCAGUUCAAUGCUGCCCCAAUUCCAUCGCUGCAACAAGGUUUGACUUUGACAACUAUUGCAGUGGGUUACCUGUUGGAGCAGCUUGUGGUAGCAAUGGAAUGUGUGCAUCUGGCGUUUGUAUCUCCAGUAUUUGCAGCGGAGGCCAACAAGCUGAAGGGGAAACAUGUGAUGACGAUGCAGAUUGCGUUGGUGAUGUCUGUGCGUUACUUUACUCAACAACAGGGGAAGCAGACCAAAAAGAGUGCUGUACCGAUGGUGUUGGGACAAUCAGAUAUGAUUUCAAGGACUACUGCAGUGGGCUGCCAGGCGGGGCACCCUGCGGCACUAAUGGAAUGUGCUCCUCUGGUUCUUGCAUAAUGAACUCAUGCAGUGAUGGCCAGCAACCUGCUGGGGAAGCAUGUGAUGAUGAUGAUGACUGUCUAGGUGGAGCCUGUGGGAUUAUGUAUGCAAUCCAAAGCACUGAAACUCCGGCAUAUGAGUGCUGUCCAGACAACACUGUAACAGUUCGUUACAAUUUUGAAAACUAUUGCAAUGGAUUGCAAGUGGGGUCUGCCUGUGGAAGUGAUGGAAUGUGUUUCAGUGGUGUCUGUGGCAUUGUGUACUCAAAUAACAACCCAGAUUCUGAGUUCUAUGAAUGCUGUGCUAGCUCCACUGAUUCCACCAGGUUCAACUUUGAGGAUUACUGCAGUGGCUUGCCUAUGGGCGCUGCUUGUGGCAGUAAUAGUAUGUGCGCCUCUGGAGUGUGUGUUGGUAAUAUCUGCAGUGAUGGCCAGGGACCUGCCGGGGAAGCAUGCGAUGGUGAUGAUGACUGUCUAGGUGGAGCCUGUGGGAUUGUGUAUGCAAUCGAAAGCACUGAAAGCCCUGCAUAUGAGUGCUGUCCAGACGAUACUGGAACAGUUCGUUACAGUUUUGAAAACUACUGCAAUGGAUUGCAAGUGGGGUCUGCAUGUGGAAGUGAUGGAAUGUGUUUCAGUGGUGUCUGUGGCAUUGUGUACUCAAAUGACAACCCAGAUUCUGAAUUCUAUGAAUGCUGUGCCAGCUCCCUUGAUUCCACCAGAUUCAACUUUGAGGAUUUCUGCAGCGGCUUGCCAAUGGGUGCUGCUUGUGGCAGUAAUGGUAUGUGCACCUCUGGAGUAUGUGUCGGUAAUAUCUGCGGUGAUGGCCAACAACCUGCCGGGGAAGCAUGUGAUGAUGACAAUGACUGCCUGGGUGGAGCCUGUGGGAUUGUGUAUGCAAUCGAAGGUACUGAAACUCCUGCGUAUGAAUGCUGUCCAGACAACACUGGAACUGUUCGAUACAGUUUUGAAGACUAUUGUGGUGAUUUGCAAACAGGGUCAGCAUGUGGCAGCAAUGCCGUGUGCACCUCAAGCAGUUGCAAUUCCAAUCUGUGUGACUGAGGUUUGGAGUUGUGUUCUUCUCCUGCGACAGUUGCUGGUAAUUAAAAUGACUUCUUUUCAUGAACAGCCAAAGGAUGCUGUGUUUUUGGCCUGUCUUCCAUGCAAUCCAAGGGUCCUCCCUGUUGGCAGGAAGAACCGCACUGCCAGGUACCAGUACCACUACAAAAGUCCACAACAAGUGGGCUCUCCUUGGGUUUUUUCAUCGCCAGAACAUCAAGCUAGCUAGCUAUCACCAUCGACAAAACAUCAAGCUAGCUAGCUUUCACCAUCUACAAAACAUGCGCGAAACCUAGAUCUAUUUAGCGUCGUUCUUUUGGGGGGAACAAGGGAAGGAACAACUAUCAUCAACGUUCCAAACGUUUGGCGGAGCUAAAAGGUGUUUCACGACUUUUCGGUACCGGUUUCCGUCCCCAGGCCAGAUAGAAAGCCCAAGUCGAGAGGAUGCCAAAAACGUACUGCGCAGGACCACCAGGAUGUUUUUCGAU